GCGAGUUGCUUUGUGGGUUUAAUUUCAAUUUUUCAACUGUGUGAAAGGGUUUGUGCAAGUGUUCUUCGCCUUUUUGAUUUGAUUAAUAUUUAUUUUAUUUGAGGGUGUGUAUUUUCUUAUUAUUUUUUUAAUUGAAGUUUAUGAUUUUGUUAAGAAAAUUAUUUUGUGAUUGAAGUUCAUAUUUAAUUGUGUAAUGUACAGAAUUUUCUAAGACAUGUUGUAAAAAACCCCGAUUUUCGGCAGGGAAUUUCGGUUAUUAUCCGAUAUCGAAAUGGCUACAUUUGGGGAUAUAGGAGUUGCAGCAGGAUUAAACAUUCUGUUUGCAGUGGCUUUCCUUAUUGCAUUCGCUUUUUUACGGCUUCAGCCGAUAAACGACAGGGUGUAUUUCCCGAAAUGGUACCUCAAGGGUUUGAGAAGCAGUCCCGUGAAUGCGGGCUCGGUCGUGGGCAAAUUCGUAAAUUUGGAUUGGAGAUCGUAUGUUCGGUUUUUGAAUUGGGUGCCGGAUGCACUCAGAAUGCCCGAACCGGAGCUUAUCGAUCAUGCCGGACUCGAUUCGGCCGUUUAUUUGCGAAUUUACUUGCUCGGACUCAAGAUUUUCGUUCCCGUGGCAUUGCUUUCGUGGGCCGUACUAGUUCCGGUUAACUGGACGAACAACACCUUAGCGAAAUCUCAAGCAGCCGAUCAUAACUUGCAGUAUAGUGACAUAGACAAGCUUUCUAUUUCGAACGUUCCGUUUGGAUCGCCGAGGUUUUGGACUCAUAUAGUGAUGGCGUACGCCUUUACUUUCUGGACUUGCUAUACUUUGAGAAAAGAGUAUGCAACCGUUGCAACUAUGCGCUUGCACUUUCUUGCUUCCGAAGGGCGCCGCCCCGAUCAGUUCACUGUUCUUGUUAGAAAUGUGCCACCAGAUCAACAUGAAUCAGUGAGUGAGGCUGUGGAGCACUUUUUCUUGGUCAACCAUCCAGAUCAUUAUCUCACUCAUCAGGUUGUAACCAAUGCCAACAAACUUGCAAAGCUAAUAAAUGAGAGGAAAAGCCAGCAGAACUGGCUCGACUAUUACCAAUUAAAAUAUUCAAGAAAUCAAUCACAACGGCCCGUGAAAAAGACCGGUUUUCUCGGCCUUUGGGGCGAAAAAGUUGACGCAAUCGAUCAUCAAACGGCCAAAAUCGAGACAUUAUCAAAACAAAUAUCGGAAGAGAGAGAAAGGGUGAAAACCGAUCCAAAGUGUAUAAUGCCAGCUGGAUUCGUUUCGUUCAAAACUAGGUGGGCUGCGGCUGUAUGCGCGCAGACGCAGCAAACUAGAAACCCGACUCUGUGGUUGACCGAGUGGGCCCCGGAGCCCCGUGAUAUCUACUGGGACAACCUCGCGAUCCCCUACUUCUCGCUUGCCGUUAGAAGGCUCGUAACUUCGGUCGCCUUCUUCUUCCUCACGUUCUUCUUCAUGAUACCCGUAACUAUAGUGCAGUCUCUGGCGAAUAUCGAGGGUAUCGAAAAAUGGGCCCCGUUUCUGAAGCCAAUAAUCGAAGUACCAUUUAUCAAGUCUGUGAUCCAAGGUUUCUUACCCGGGAUUGCUUUGAAGAUCUUUCUUAUAGUGCUGCCGACGAUUUUGAUGAUGAUGGCGAGAUUCGAGGGGUUUUUGUCGAAAUCGACUCUCGAGAGAAGGGCUGCUUUGAGAUAUUAUGUGUUCAACUUUUUCAAUGUUUUCCUCGUCAGUGUAAUAGCGGGGACCGCUUUUCAACAACUCGAUAGCUUUCUUCAUCAAUCUGCAAAUGAAAUCCCGAGGACAAUCGGUGUUGCGAUUCCGAUGAAAGCAACUUUUUUCAUUACAUACGUAAUGGUGGACGGAUGGGCCGGUGUUGCAGGGGAGAUUUUACGACUAAAACCGUUAAUUUUCUUCCACCUAAAGAAUUUUUUUCUGGUAAAGACCGAAAAGGAUAGAGACGAGGCAAUGGAUCCGGGAAGUAUCGGUUUCAACACGGGCGAGCCUCAAAUACAAUUAUAUUUUCUUCUAGGCCUCGUCUACGCUGUCGUCACACCCAUUUUCCUUCCUUUUAUAUUGGUUUUCUUCGCCUUGGCAUAUGUUGUUUUUCGUCAUCAGAUUAUAAAUGUUUAUAAUCAAGAAUACGAAAGUGCGGCAGCGUUUUGGCCAGGGGUACACGGGCGUAUAAUAUCGGCACUUGUUUUCUCGCAGCUUGUAUUGAUGGGAUUAAUGAGCACAAAAGGGAAUGCUCAGUCGACUCCGAUUCUCAUUGCGCUUCCGGUUUUGACCAUUUGGUUCCACAGAUUCUGUAAAGGCCGUUACGAGCCUGCUUUUAUCAGAUACCCUCUACAGGAGGCGAUGAUGAAAGAUACUCUAGAACGUUCGAGAGAGCCGAACUUGAACGUGAAAAGCUACCUAGAGUACGCUUAUAUACAUCCCGUUUUCAAGAAUGAAGACGAAGACGACGAAGAUGAAUAUGAAGGUGAGUGUAAUAACGGAAAAUUGUUAGAUGGGAGUGUGUUAGUGCCUACGAAACGACACUCUCGUAGACAUACACAUGAUCCGAGCAAAUUCAGCGAUGAUCGAGAGAGUCUUGAAAAUUAGACUCACAGUUCCCAUGUUUUCUUACGUUGGAAGCUGUGGUUUAAGGAGUGGAGAAAACAUGUGGUUUUCCUACGUUAAUAUGGUGGAGUUAUUACUACUGGCCACACUUCAGUUUUUAGAAGAAAUAUAAUUUUAAUAUUUUUUAUCGC